AAAAAUAAAUAUUAAAAAAAAAAAAGAAAGAAAACUGGCACAAGCCGGGCAAGAUGACGCACGCCUAUGAUCCCAGCGCCUUGGGAGGCUGAAACAGGAUGGCAAGUUCCAAGAUAUCCUGGUCUCCUGAACUUUAGGAGACCCUGUCUCAAAAACUUCAACCGAGCGCCGCUGAGUAGAACCCCCAGUAGCCGAGAGGAAAAACAGACAAAACCUCUGGCACACAAAAACGGGGGCUCGCGAGUCGGCGCGUGGACGGAGGAGGCACCUGAUCACGUCCAAGACCGCACCAGGCGGUGCCAAGGCGCUCGAGCCCGAGAGCGCGGAACCGCCGUUACGUAACGGGCAGCCGGAGGCCUGGAGAACGGAAGUCGCCGCCCCGGCCCCGCCCGGGCCGGUAAGAGCCAUGCGCAACUCUCCGGAAGCUUCCGCCCCUAUUCCCCUUUUAUGGUUUUUCGGUUUUUUCUGACGCCAGCGCGUAGGACCGGCUCUAAAACCGUGAUCUAGGAGCGCCUCUCCCACUCCUUACUUCCGCCUCCUUCGAGAGAGGAGUCGAGGCCUCCGUAGUCUUCUCGCACGGACUGGAAACUGUGGUGGCGGCGUGCGAUGUUCGGCCUUAAGAGGAACGCGGUCAUCGGACUCAACCUCUACUGCGGGGGCGCCGGGCUGGGGGCCAGCGGCGGCGCCACCCCGCCGGGAGCGCAGCUCUUGGCCGCCGAGAAGGAGGCCGCGGCCCGGCGAGAGGCAGGGGGAGGGGAAGCCGGCGCGCUCUCGGGCGGAAGCUCCCCAGCCGCCCAGGCGCAGGACGCCCGAAGGGUCGCGCGGCCGGUGCCCAUUGGCGCCGAGGUCCCCGACGUCACCGCGACCCCGGCGAGGCGACUCUUCCUCGCGUCCUCCUACUGCGUGUCGCCGCCUGAGAAGAUGGAAGCCCCCGCCGCCGCCAUGUCGCCCGAAGAGGAGCUGGACGGCUACGAGCCCGAGCCCCUCGGGAAGCGGCCGGCGGUCCUGCCCUUGCUGGAGCUGGUUGGGGAGGCCGCCAAGAGCCCCGGCGCGGACGGGUCGCUGCCCUCGACGCCGCCGCCCGCGGAGGAGGAGGAGGACGAGCUGUACCGGCAGUCGCUGGAGAUCAUCUCGCGGUACCUCCGCGAGCAGGCGACCGGCGCCAAGGACGCGAAGCCGCUGCACGGGUCGGGGGCCGCCAGCAGGAAGGCGCUGGAGACCCUGCGGCGGGUCGGCGACGGAGUGCAGCGCAACCACGAGACGGCCUUCCAAGGCAUGCUUCGGAAGCUGGACAUCAAAAACGAGGAUGAUGUCAAGUCUCUGUCUCGCGUGAUGGUCCAUGUUUUCAGUGACGGAGUAACAAACUGGGGCAGGAUUGUGACUCUCAUUUCUUUUGGUGCCUUUGUGGCCAAACACUUGAAGAGCAUAAACCAAGAAAGCUGCAUUGAACCCUUAGCAGAAAGUAUCACAGACGUGCUCGUAAGGACAAAACGGGACUGGCUGGUCAAACAAAGAGGCUGGGAUGGGUUUGUGGAGUUCUUCCAUGUAGAGGACCUAGAAGGCGGCAUCAGAAAUGUGCUGCUGGCUUUUGCAGGUGUUGCUGGCGUAGGAGCUGGUUUGGCGUAUCUAAUAAGAUAGCCUUGUAAGUGCAAUAGUUGACUGUUAACCAACUCCAGCCACCAAAACUUCUGGGAAAUCAAAUGUAUUUAUGGAAGUUGGACUUCAAGCUGCCCAGGCUGUAACCUCCAAGAGUGUCACUCUAGCAACCUAGCCAGAAAGCAAGUGGCAAGAGGAUUAUGUCUAACAAGAAUAAAUACAUGGGAAAAGUAGUCCCCUUUGAAGAAUUCACUGUAUGAAAGAAGCAAAGUUCACUUUCAGCACCAAGCAAACUGGGAGGCCACAGAGGAGGACUGUUAGAUUUAGUGGAAAAACUUAAUUUCCUUGUCUAGAACCAGAAGAGAGGUCAGUAGCCAGACUAGUCAUAAAAUUCAUUAAAUAUGCCCGCCAAAUUCAUUAGUUUCCCAUAGUGUGAAAAGAAAAGUACUAGCGAUGCCAGUGAUCCUAUAAAGAAAAAUUUAAGCUACAAGUAAUUGAGCUAUGACUAGAAGCCUCAUUACUGUGCAACAGUGAAGGGAAGCUUUUCCUCUGUGAUUAGCUUUCCCGGGUAUAUUUUCUUGAAUAGAAGAUCCAAGUGUUCAGGACUUUUAUGCCUGUUCUACUUUGGCUUGAUUUGAAUGAGUCUCAUUAGCAUAGUAAUGGCCAUGAAUACUUGACUUAAGGUUCAUUUAGUUACAAAUGUGGAAUAUUCUCAUUUUUUUUUUAGGACAGAAACAGCUUGUAAAUGUAUUUGUCUGUAAAAAUGUGUAUAUUUUUACAGAGAAAAUAUUUCUGCGAACAUAAAGGGAGAAAAGUCUUGAAUUUAAAUUUUGAAAAUUGUAAUUUCUGUAGUUAGGAAUCUAUUUCUUCUUACAGCUUUUCUAUUCUAAACUUUCUCCAGUUCAGUUCUAGAGUAUAUACAGAACCAAUUUGUAAUUGUAUGCAACCUGGUUGUAGUGGGACAAAUCUGAUUUAUAACUAUGCAGGCUUUAAUUUUCCAAUCUGGUAUUGGUAAGUAUUCCUUAGAUAGGUUUUUAUUUGAAAACCUGGGAUUAAGAAGUUGUGGAAUGAAAAUUAAUCCUUUCAUUUGGUUAUGUAUGGGUUUUCAAUAAUUGAGUCUAAGUGGAGUUUUGAGAGGUUGUUUUUAGGGGUGGGGGGAGUAGGCUAGUGACUUAGAAAUAAUGGGCUCUGAUUAGGCAACUAAUCAUUUGAGUUCCUUACAUUUGACCUAAUUUAACUGGUAAAAUUUAGACUGAGUGAAUGAGCUCAUCUUUAAAGCUUUUACUGAAAGAUUUUCAGCUGUUCCAAGUGGGACUUGUUAGCAUUGUUUAUAAAAAGAUAACAUCAGGUGGAUGAAAGACAUUUGAUCCCUUGUUUGCCUAAUAAGUUGUAAAAUGAUGGCUUGGAAAAGCAGGCUAGAGUCUUAACUAUGGUGCUAUUAUGGGGCUUGCUUGUUCAAACACAGGUUUAAGCCUCAUACAUCAAUAAAAGAAAUACUGAUUCUUUUCUAUUAAUGAUUCCCAAGCUUUGUUUUGAAUUUUUCCAUUGUCAUCUCUGUUGAUUUCAAACCUGAUGUUGUAUUGAACACAUUUACUUCCUCUCCUUUGUUGAAAUAUAUGCUGCUUGUUCUGCUCCCUCUUCAGAUAUUUAUAUCAAUGUCUACAUCUUUACCCUGCCAUCCCUGAAUUUUACUAGACCUGUUAAUUUUCAGCACUAUGCACCUGAGUGACCCCUUUCCUCCCUAAUGCCCCCCCCCUUCCCCCAAGAGUCAGCAGAUCUUCAUCUUUUAUGGAUUUUAUCCUGUUGAGAGGUAGUGAUGGGUGCUGGAACAAGAAGUCGAUGGUGUUGGGAGGAAGUCUCUUUUUCUUGGAUUGAUAACUUUUCAGUUGCUUUAAACCUGUUCUGUGGGGGAAAAGGUUUCAAAAGUCCUUUUAAGAAUUUUCAGGAGAACAUCAUUUUACAUUGGCUUUCUGAGGUCCCAUUUGUAUAUGAGUAAGCUCACUUGAAUUUUACCUAAAGAAGUGAGCUGUGUUAAAACAACCUCAAAGAGUCUUUAUAAAAGCUAGUGGUAAACUGAAGAAAGCUGUUGUAACAAGAGUCAUUUGAAAGCUUCAGCUCCAAAACAUGACCUUUAGUCUGUGGACUCCAGAUAAAAAUAGGUAUGAAUAAAAUGACUAAGAAUGUAAUGGGGAAGAAUUGCCUUGCCUGCCCAUCUCCAGAGCCAUAAGGUCAUCUUGCUAGAGCUAUUUUUAACCUAUGUAUUUAUCGUUCUUGAUCAUAAGCCAAUUAUUUAUAUCAUGUCUGUCUCUAAGGACCUAAAAGCACUUUAUGUAGUUUUUAAUUAAUCUUAAGAUCUGGUUUAGGUGACUAAAAGGACUGUCUCCCCAUAUCCAGUUGUGGAAAUAAGGCAUAGACAUAAAUUGGUGUUUAGAAGCACCACUUCCCAAUUCACUAGGCGUGACUUCUGAAACGUACAUAGACUGGAUGUUAGUUGGUAUUUGGGGUCCAGAACACUGAGGGGUUAGGGAGCCCAAAUGGUUUGGGAAGAGGGGGAACAAUUGGUUUAUAGGGAGAAGAGGCACGUGGUCCAAGUGCUGACUAGCUGCAUAGUUCAGGCAAAUCCUCCAGAAUGGAAAAGGGAGGAGCUGCUUGAAAUGGCUUUCUCAGCGACUUCUGUUUGUUUUCUGCUUCUCUCAGGGAAAAACAUGCAGUCCUCUAGUGGUGUCCAUGUACAUUCUAUGGGGUGAACACUUUGGUUCUGGUUAAACAGCUAGUGUUUUUGACAGCUGUUCCAGGAAGAAUUGGGACCAACUACAAAUCAAUGUGGGUUGUAAAAUGUAGUGUUUCCCUAACUUCUGUUUUUUUUUCCUGAGAAAAUAAAAAAAAUCAUUUUUUUUCCC